GGAGAGCGACCUCGCCCCGACCGAGCUGAGGGCGGUCAACCUGGGUGGCGUCGACGUGCUGGUGGGCAAGACGGAGGGCGGCAAGCUCUUCUGCGUUGGCAACCUGUGCCCCCACCUCGGCACUCCGAUGAGCGAGGGCGCCGACGUCAUCGGCGACACGAUCGUCUGCCCGCUGCACGGCUCCUCGUGGAAGGUCGGCGACGGUGAGCUGAUCGACUGGUGCCCGAGCCCGCCCAUCAUCGGCCCCCUCACCGGCCUGGUGAUCGAGAAGAAGAAGCUGGCUAUCUUCGAGGCGCGCUCCGGCUUCUUCGGCGGCGACAUCGAGGUGCAGGUGGACACCAACGCGAAGAAGGCGUACGAGGCAGACUAUUGGAAGGGUAUCCUGGACGCGCAGGGCAAGAACGACGGCACCUACUACUGAGCGGAUGGAGCGCCCUGUUGCGAGCCCGAGGCGCCUGGGCGUGUCUCCCAUACCCGCGGUUUUUUAAACGCCAGGUCUCCCCUCUCAAAUCCCGUCUCUCCCCUCUCCCUCCCUUCCCCUCUCCCCCUCCUCCCCCCCUCCCCUCUCGCCCCCUCCCAUCUCGAGGACAAUCCGGUCGUCGCCACGAGGGCGCGCCGGGUGACUCCAAAGCGCCCUCCCCUCUCCUCUGCCAUGCCCAGGCAGUCGUCCCAGCUGCAGCGGCAGGUGGCCUGGCAAUCGGCCGCGCUCGCGCCCGUUCUUGCUAAGGGCGGGCGACCUGGCACGAGCCGCGGAACAACGUCGUGGUCGUC